AUGGGAAAGUCAUCGAAAGACAAGCGCGACGCCUACUAUCGUCUCGCCAAAGAGCAAAAUUGGCGCGCCCGCUCCGCCUUCAAGCUUAUCCAGAUCGACGAGCGAUUCGACCUAUUCGAACACGAGAACCCGGACAAUGUAACGAGAGUCGUUGAUUUGUGCGCUGCUCCCGGAAGUUGGAGUCAAGUACUCAGCCGUGUGUUGAUCAAAGGUGAGAGCUUCGGGCGGCGGGCAUGGCUCGAGAAAAAGCGCCAAGAACAGCAGGGUUUGGCAAGCGCGCAAACGGCAGCUGAAGGCGACAAAAUGGACUGCGAUGAGCCUACUUCCAAUGCCGAAUUGAAGCCUCGGAAAAACGUCAAAAUUGUCUCCAUCGAUCUGCAACCUAUGGCCCCCCUCGAAGGCAUCACAACCCUUAAAGCCGAUAUCACACACCCCUCUACGAUCCCCCUUCUCCUGCGCGCCUUGGACCCCGAAGCAUACGAACAAACCUCCACCCCCUCCGACACUCCUGCUCCAGUACCAGAGGCAAUCCGAGAACCCCACCCCGUCGACUUGGUCAUCUCCGACGGCGCCCCCGAUGUAACUGGCCUCCACGACCUAGACAUCUACAUUCAAUCGCAACUCCUCUACGCAGCCCUCAACUUGGCCAUGGGCGUUCUCCGACCCGGCGGCAAGUUUGUCGCCAAGAUCUUCCGCGGCCGCGACGUUGAUCUCCUCUACGCCCAGCUGCGCACUGUGUUUGAACGCGUCAGCGUCGCAAAGCCACGGAGUAGUCGCGCGAGUAGUUUGGAGGCAUUUAUCGUCUGCGAGGGCUUUAUUCCACCCGUCAGCAACAGCGGAGUGGUCGGCAUGGCCGCAUUGAAGAACCCUCUGUUUGGCGGUUCCGCGGCGCCAGUGCCAGUGUCAGAAGAUGGCAAUGUGGGCGUCGAGGUCCGCGAGGAGAUCGACCAAAAUGCAGAAGCUCGGAACACUGUCGCGAGUACGACUGAAAACACUACGCCUUAUCACUCUACUGAAGUCCGUCAUCUUCAGACCACAACCACAACCACAACCACAUCACAAGACCAACCCCAACCUCAAAAGUUGACCAACAAGUUUGCCGCUGAGAACCGGUGGAUUCCGUCGUUCAUUGCCUGUGGUGAUCUCUCUGCGUGGGAUUCCGAUGCUACCUACACAUUGCCCCCCGACUAUGUGAACCUGGAUCCUAUCCAACCCCCCACUGCACCGCCGUAUCGUCAAGCAUUGGAAUUAAGGAAGCUGAAGAGUGGUGCGUAUGGAAAGACCAAAUUUGGACCCACUGCUCGGGCUUGA